AUGAUAAAAAGUCAAAGGACUAAAAGGCGUAAAAUCAGGAAUGAGCUUAUACCAUUCAACCAUAACCCAUCUGAAAAUGAUCCCUUUAUAAAUUCGAUCACCACUGACGACGAGUUAACAACCAGAGAACUUUUACCAUGUCAAUCUAUUCAAAAUAACAAUAUAUUAGUUUUAAGACCAGACGUUGAGCCCGAGAUUGAGCCAGUAAGGUUAUCAAAUGAUCUGCCUAUGCCUACUUCUACUACAUUGCCUGAAAUUUUUGAAGAAUCAGUAAAGAUUAAGGAUUUUAUUGCAUCUUGGGCUAUUCAAUAUAAAAUUCCACAUAAUGCGCUUAAUGGCCUUUUAUCUGGCUUAAAAAAACAUGAGUGUUUCCAAAGCCUCCCACUUGAUGCAAGAACUGUUUUAUGUACGCCAAGACAAAUAUCCAACACUAUCAGAAUUAUGAAUCCUGGGAUUUAUCACCAUUUUGGUUUGGCAUCGGGUAUAAAAAAAUAUGCCCCAGAAAACUUAUUAGAGUUGAAAAUAGCUGUUGGAAUCGAUGGUUUGCCCUUGAGUAAAAGUAGUGGAAAUCAGUUUUGGCCAAUAUUGGCGUAUAUUAUUACACAAUGUUCAACCAAAAAAGUUUUUCCAAUAGGAAUUUAUUACGGCCAAAGUAAACCAGAAGACAGCAAUGAAUUUCUUUCUGAAUUUGUCACAGAAGCUGAAGAUUUGAUUACAAAUGGAAUUACAAUAAAUAAUGUUAUUAUAAAAAUAUCUAUAAGUUUCAUUUGUUAUGAUUCUCCAGCUAAAACAUUUGUUUUACGUGUCAAAACCCAUUCAGGAUUUCAUUCAUGUACCCGUUGUUUCAUUGAUGGUGAUUAUCAAAAACACAGAGUUUGUUUUCCAUACAGGAAAUUUCCCUUAAGGGAUCAUAAUUCAGUUAUAAAUAGGAUCGAUGAAGAUUAUCAUACAUCAGAAUUACCUUCAGUCUUAACAAAAUUAAAUGAUUUUGAUUUGGUAAAAUCAUUACCACUUGACUACAUGCAUUUAGUCUGUUUGGGGGUGACCAAAAAGUUAUUGUUGCUUUGGAAAUCUGGGCCUUUAAAAACACGUUUACCCUCUAAAGAUAUUAAAAGUUUAUCAAAAUCAUUAUUGGCAUUAAAUACUGAUAUUUCAUCUGAUUUUGUUAGAAAGAGUAGAAGUCUUCUUGAAGUUGGACGCUGGAAAGCUGUUGAGCUAAGAUUUUUUUUACUUUAUUCAGGGCCAGUUGUUUUAAAAUCUAUAUUAAAUAAUGAGUGUUAUUCUCAUUUUAUGUCAUUAAAUAUUGCGAUGAUCAUACUUCUUAGCCCAAAUCACAAAUCUCUAGUGGAUUAUGCAAGACAUCUACUAGAUUACUUUGUAAAACAAUUUCAAAAUUUAUAUGGAGAACACCUUGUAUCACAUAAUGUCCACGGUUUAUUACAUCUAUGUGAUGAUUAUGAUCAAUUCGGACCACUUGACCAAUGCAGUGCAUUUGUUUUUGAAAAUCAUAUGAAAGAACUAAAAUCUUUUAUAAGAAAACAUGAAAAGCCACUGGAACAGAUUAUAAAUAGGUAUUCUGAAAUAAAUUCAAUUAAUUUAAAGACUUUCAAAAGUACACAAUUAUGUUAUGAGAAACCUAUUCUUAAAAGACCUCACACAAAUGGUCCUUUAAUAGAUAAUAUCGUCGGAGUUCAAUAUAAAAGUUUAUUAUUCAGAAAUUUUCAUAUUUCUAUUAAAAAGCAAAAAGAUUCGGAUAGUUUUAUUUUAACAAACAGUGGAGAAGUUGUUAAAUGUGUUAAUGUUAUAGAAAUGAAUAACAAUAUUUUAAUAAUUGGAAAACAAUAUAAUAAUGCAUCACCUUUUUUCAUUGAACCAAUAAAUUCCAUUAAACUUGAUAUUUAUCAUGUCAAUAAUUUAUCAGAAACAUUAAAUUGUUGGAACAUCACAGACAUAAAAAGAAAAAUUAUGAUUUUCAAUCAUAAUAGACUAAUGAUUGGAAUGCCAAUAAUACAUACAGGACAAUAA